AUUCAACCAAUCAGCACUCGCCGCGCUAAGUUUUGCUGAGAAAUUUCCAUUGGUCUCAUUUUCAGUUUUGACAAACUUAGGCCAGUGUGUUGAUGACAUUCUUGAGGAGAAUAAAGUCACACAACUGCUUCCAAUUAAUAGGAAAACGAGAAAUUGUUGAUCAACAAAAAUGUUAGGGGAAAAGUUACUUUUAGCCAAGAUUUUAGCUUCAUUAUUAGCACUUUUAGUGGUACUGCCUGAGACAGAAUCAAUUGCUGUUAUGUCAAUUGAUCUUGGCAGUGAAUGGAUUAAAGUAGCAAUAGUUAAGCCUGGUGUUCCCAUGGAGAUUGCUCUAAAUAAAGAAUCCAGGCGGAAAACUCCAAAUGCUGUUGCUUUUAAAGAUGAUGAACGCCAUUUUAGUGACCCUGCACUUGGAGUUGCAGUGAAGAAGCCAGAAAACAGCUACUUAUAUCUCACACAUCUGCUAGGAAAAAAAUAUGAAAAUGCUAAUGUAGAAUUAUAUCGUUCAAGGUUUCCCCAUUACAACUUAGUCAAAGAUGAAGAAAGAGGAACUGUCCUUUUCAAGACAUCAGAUACUGAAAAAUUAUGUCCUGAAGAACUGAUGGCAAUGAUUUUGAAUAAUUCUCGACAAAUCGCAGAGAACUUUGCAGAUCAUCCGAUGAAAGAUGUUGUCCUCACUGUUUCCGCGUUUUAUACCCAAGCCGAAAGGAAGGCUCUGAUAGACUCUGCGAAAAUGGUUGGGCUCAAUGUACUGCAACUGAUGAACGAUAAUACUGCAGUUGCAUUGAAUUAUGGGAUUUUUAGAGCAGCUUCAUUCAAUUCAACUGAAACGCAUGUGAUGUUCUAUGAUAUGGGAGCUACAAGUACAACAGUAACCAUUGUUGGGUACAGCACAGUCAAAACCAAAGACAGGGGAUAUUUAGAAACUGUUCCGCAGCUAGCUAUAAAAGGUGUUGGAUUUGACCCCCUCUUGGGUGGUUUGGAAAUGGAGUUCCGGCUAAGAAACCAGCUCGUAAAGUUGUUCAAGGAAAAAAUCAAAACUGAGGGUGACAUUGAGAAGAAUCCUCGGGCGUUAAUGAAACUGCUCAAGGAAGCAGCAAGAGUCAAGAGGAUUCUUAGUGCAAAUACAGAAACUUUUUCGCAGGUAGAAAAUCUCUUUGAAGGACACGACUUUCGUGCAAAAGUGACACGUGAUGAGUUCGAGGAAAUGUGCAAAGAUUUGUUUGAUCGUGUUUCACUACCUGUUGAAACUGCUUUGAAAGCAGCUGCCAUGCAACUGAGUCAUGUUGAUACUGUAAUGCUGAUGGGUGGUGGAACAAGAGUCCCGAAGGUCCAGGAGCUGCUGAAGAAGGCUGUCAAGAGGGAUGAUCUUGGCAAAAGCAUAAACACAGAUGAAGCUGCAGCCUUAGGUGCUGUGUACAGAGCUGCUGAUCUUACCACUGGUUUCAAAGUUAAGAGAUUCCUUAUCAAAGAUGUUAACAUGUUUCCUAUAGAUGUGUCAUUCUUCAGAAAGACGACGUCAGAAAGUGGACAGGCUGACGCAAAAGUUGUUACACGGACAUUGUUCCAUAGAUUGAACCCACUUCCACAGAAGAAAGUGAUGACGUUUAACAAACAGGAGAAAGACUUUCAUUUCAAUGUGUCAUACGGCGAUACUAGUGUUUUCAGUGGAGAUAUCAAAAGGUAUCUGGAUUUGGGAUCAUUGAGAAAGAUUGAUCUCUCGGGAGUAGCUGUUGCCAAUGAAAAUAACAAAGAGGCUACGCCAAAAGGAGUCAAAGCUUUUUUUAACAUGGAUGAUAGUGGUAUUCUGACCCUGGACAAGGUGGAAGCACAUUUUGAAAAGAAAGCCGAAGAGAAAACAGAAGAGGAGCAAUCAACUUUUGCAAAGAUCGGAAACACGCUAUCUAGCCUCUUUGGUUCGAGCAAAGACGAAGAGAAAAAGGAAGAAGAAACAAAAGAGGGUGGCGAAAAGAAAGAGGAUGAAAAGAAGAGUGAGAGUGAAAGCAAAGAAGAUAAGACUGACAGCAGUAAAGAAGGAGACAAAAAGAAGACCGAUAAGACGGGAAAAGAAGAGAAAAAGGGGGAGAAAGAGGACAAGAAAGCUGAAAAGGAAGAAGACCAAAAAGAUAGCAAAACCGAUGACAAAACAGCAGCUAAUGCAAAGGAGAGCAACACAACAGCUAACAAAACUGAGAAACCAGAAGUUUCUAAACCUGUUCUUGUCAAAGAAAACAUCAGUUUAAUCGUUUCUGAAACAGACAUCCUAUCUAUUGGUGAGACCGCCUUUGCAGCUUCUGUGAAGCACUUAGAUGAUUUGCAUGUCAAAGAUUUAGCAAAAAGAGAGAAUGAACAGGCCAAGAACUCCUUGGAAAGUUUCUUAUACGAAUUCAAGGAUAAGCUGUACAGUGAUAACGUCGAAAAACUGGCCACCGAGGAGGAGACGAACAAGAUAAGUGAGAAAUUCUCGGAGGUAUCAGACUGGUUAAUGGAAGAUGGCUACGAUGCAACUGCCGAUGUUUACAAAAGCAAGUUGAAAGAGCUAGAGAAGGCAACUGAAGAUCUCCGUUUCCGUAUUUCUGAAGAUGAGAUUCGGCCAAAAGCAAUCGCCGAAUUGCUUAGCAGCUUGAACUUGACUAACGUUUUUAAGAAACAAUUCAAGGCUAUGCCAGAAGCAUACGAGAUUUACACUGAAAAGGAUCUUAAAGAUCUAGAGAAAGUGUCAACUGAAGUCUCUGACUGGCUUGCAACCAACUGGAAAAAGCAGAACGAGACAGAUCCAAAAACCAAACCGGUUCUUUUGGUCAAAGACAUUGUAUCAAUGCAGGGUAAACUGGACAGGGAAUUGCUUUACCUAAUCAACAAAGCAAAGUACUACGUCCCAAAACCGAAACCAAAAGCCAACACAACAGCCGAAAACAAGACUGCCUCAAAUACCACCAAAGCUGAAGACAAGAAUCAGUCAACCAAGGAAGAUGAAAAGAAGAAGGGAAAGGAUGAAAAAUUAGAAACAACCUCCAAAAAGGAAGAAUCCGAAAAAGAAGAAAAAAAGAAAACUGAUAAGACUGAUUCUACCAGUGACGGAAAGAAAGAUGAUUCUAAGGAAGAAAAGAUUGAAGAGGCAAAACCACUCGAGCUUCCAGAGAUGGAGAAGAAAGAGAGCAAGCCUACAGAAGAAGUUAGCGAUAAAUCAAAUACAAAAGAAAAAGAAGAGAAAGCGCAUAAAGAACUAUAACAAUUUUAGUUAUUAGCAUUUAGGAAUUGUAAAUUUUGUGCGCAAAUUACUUGAAGUGGGUGCUUCGCUAAUUGUUUUGAGAAAAUGUUCGCCGAAUAGGAUGUGAUGGAAGUAACCGCACAGGCGCUUAUUUUAAUUUGCGAAGUGAUGUAGGUAAUGACACGUGGUUGUGUUGUUGUUGUUGCUCAAAAACCGCUUUUGUUAUUAACUUAUGGAUGAAUAAUCGAAA